UCCUCCCUGACCGAGUCCUCACGUCAUCGGGGAAAUGGCGAGCGGCUGCUGACCGCCAACAUCAAUCAGUGCCCGAGGCCUCCCUCCCACCCCCGGCAGUCGACCCCCGGGCCGGCACCCCACAACCGCAGCCCGGACACUCCGCCGGCCGUCUCCCUCCCUCCCCCUCCCUCCCCCCGGGUCCCACCACCGCCGCCGGAGAAAAGUUUCCCCAAAAGUUUGGGAAAGUUUGUGCGGCCGGGGGGAGGGGACCGGAGCCGGGUUGUGUGCACCGGGAGCGGGCGAUGCCCUGUCGCCCGGUCCCGGACACCGGCGGAAGUUGCUGAGCCACUCCCGGGAGCUGGGAAUGCCGGAGGGUGGUAGGAGCCCGGUGCCGGUUCACGUGUGAUUGGUUGCUGGGCAAGGUCACCAUGUCAGGGGCCUCGGUGAAGGUAGCCGUUCGUGUCCGUCCCUUCAGCCCCCGGGAGCUGCGUUUGAAUGCCACCUGUAUCAUCCACAUGUCCGGCAACUGCACCAGUAUCACAAAUCCCAAACAGACAAAAGAUGCCCCCAAGACUUUCACCUUCGACCACUCGUACUGGUCACAUGGCUCGCCUGAGGACCCGGGGUUCGUGUCCCAACGGCAUUUGUACCUGGACCUGGGGGAGGAGAUGUUGCUUCACGCUUUUCAGGGCUACAACGUCUGUGUGUUGGCAUAUGGACAGACCGGUGCUGGCAAGUCCUACACUAUGGUGGGGCGGUCGGUCUCCGAGCCAGGCCUCAUCCCACAGCUGUGUGAGGACCUGUUCUCCAGGAUCGAGAGUAGUCGCAGUGAUGAGCUGUCUCACUCAGUGGAGGUCAGUUACAUGGAGAUCUACUGUGAGCGUGUACGUGACCUCCUGAACCCCAGGAGCGGAGGGAACCUGCGAGUGAGGGAGCACCCCCUGCUCGGCCCCUAUGUGGAGGGUCUAUCUCGGCUGGCGGCCACCAGCUCCCACCACAUCGCUGAGCUCAUGGACUGUGGCAACCGUGCCCGGACGGUUGCUGCCACCAACAUGAAUGAAGCUAGCAGCCGCUCUCAUGCAGUCUUCACCAUCAUUUUCACCCAGAAACGACACGACUCCGUGACUGAGCUCUCCACCGAGAGGGUCAGCAAGAUCAGCCUGGUGGAUUUGGCAGGAAGUGAAAGGGCAGAUGCUGCUGGGACAAAGGGCACGAGGUUAAAGGAAGGAGCCAACAUCAACAAGUCCCUGACUACCCUGGGGAAGGUGAUCUCUGCAUUGGCUGAAAUGGGCAAGAGGAAGAAGUCUGACUUCAUUCCGUACCGGGACUCUGUGCUGACCUGGCUGCUGAAGGAGAAUCUGGGAGGCAACUCUCGAACGGCCAUGAUCGCCGCCCUCAGCCCCGCGGAUGUCAACUACGAGGAAACCCUCAGCACACUGAGGUACGCGGAUCGAGCCAAGCAGAUCAAGUGUAACGCGGUGGUGAAUGAGGAUCCCAAUGCCCGGCUGAUCCGCGAGCUGAAGGAGGAGGUGUCUCGCCUCAGGCAGCUGCUGAGUACCCAGGGGCUGGCGUUGGUCCAAGGUGAGGCUUGUUGGGGCAGUGACCCAGGAAACCCCAACAUCUAUUUUCCCUACUGACCGACAACCCCUCAGUCUGUGUCUACAGGGAUCACAUUCUACUCUCUGGCAACACAGCAGUACAGCACAACAUGGACAACUUGGCCCACAAUAUCGUCCCAUCUCAGAGCUAAUCUGUAUUAAGUGUUCUCUUCCUGGUAUCAUAUGUGUGUCUAAAAGGAUAGAACACCUUUAUCUCCCUAACCUGUUCCUCAAAACCUACCCUCACCCCACCUCUCCCCUACUCAUAUUGUGAGCAAUUUAUAUCAACUCUCAUUAGUUGAGAUCUGGUCCUACACACACACAGCACUAACAUG